UUUGUUUCCGGUCUCGCGACUCGUUCGUGAAACACUUGGUCACUCCAUGAGUGGUAGAAACGACGAGUUUAGAUUUCCACACGUUACUUGCACUUUUCAUCUAAACUGUUGGGUUUAGAGGAUAAAGUGUAAACGACUUGACUAUUAAGUAAUGGACUGAAAUUAACCACGUCGAGAAGGAUCGUUUUCGCAGCAAAGAAAUGUGUGGAUGAAGAACAGAGAGAGUUUAUCGCCAUUAAACUUCACGUUUCUGUAAUGAUUGGUUCUUGUGUACAAUGGAAACGAAGGCAAUUGUGAUAUAUGAUUUCGCGGCUGAAAUUGGAAAUAAUGAGCUGUCAGUGCGAGAGGGUGAGACAAUCACCAUCACCAAUCAGAGCAUAGGUGGAGGAUGGAUCGAGGCUCGAAAUUCCAGAGGAGAGGUCGGAUUGGUACCAGAGGACUAUAUUGAGGUCAAGGAGGUUCAACCUGUGACCUCUGGCGGAAAUGCAGCCCCUCUCGAUCUUUCGUUUUUCGACAGUCACUUGCCGACCCCAGCCAGCACAGUACAGGUGGAAUUAGCUCAGGCGGAAGCCCCAGUCACCCCAGUUACACCGGGCUUUUCUUCCACCUCGCCCGAUGAGGUACCCGGAAUGCCAAACAGCAUGAUGGAUUCAGAGGCCACGCAUGGGGCCCUUUACAAAUGCCCGAUCCUGGAGACGAGUAAUGGAAAUGACCCAUGGGCAGCGUUUGACAAUAACGCCUCAGGGGGAUUUUCCAAUGACUGGGCGGCUCACCCUGAGGGCACAGAGACGGGCAAAAACAGCAGCAAUGCCUGCCAGUCUGGGGGACACGGCCACCCACAGGCCUACCAGGGCCCAGGUGCAGAAGACGACGAUUGGGAUGAGGAAUGGGAUGACGUGAAGUCAGAGGCUGGAGAGGGCGGGGCCAUCAACAGGGGCGGAGCUCAUGGCACAUCCAUGAAAAUGGCCCUUAAUAAAUUUCCUGGCUUCUCCAAAUCAGGUCCUGAGUUGUACCUUCUGUCCAAACAGCCCGCCAAAGGAACCAAGUUGCCCAUUUAUUCGGGAGAAGUGGGUCCGCUGUGGUUAUAUCCAGAGCCUCAGUUGGACUGUGUUGUAGCCGACCCCAAAAAGGGCACCAAAUUGUACGGCCUGAAGAGCUACAUAGAGUACCAAGUCACACCCACCACCACAAACAAGCCUGUCAAUCACAGAUAUAAGCAUUUCGAUUGGUUAUAUGAAAGACUUCUGGAUAAAUUCGGCUCGGCUAUACCGAUUCCCUGCCUGCCUGACAAGCAGGUGACAGGGCGAUUUGAGGAGGAGUUUAUUAAAAUGCGUAUGGAAAGACUUCAGGGAUGGAUGACGCGAAUGUGCCGGCAUCCAAUCGUCUCAUCCAGUGAUGUCUUUCAACUGUUUGUCUCAUACAAAGAUGAAAAGGACUGGAAGACGGGCAAGAGGCGAGCAGAAAAAGACGAGACGGUUGGUGUGAUGAUCUUCUCUACGAUCGAGCCUCAGGGAGUGCCGGACCUGGACCUCAUCGAAGUAGAGCAGAAGUGUGAACAGUUUAGCCGGUUCACCAAAGCGAUGGAUGACGGGGUGAAAGAUUUGCUGAAUGUGGGGAACGAACACUGGAAACGCUGUACUGGUCCCCUGCCGAAGGAGUAUCAGCGCAUUGGCAAAGCUUUUCAGAAUCUGUCCUCAGUGUUUAACAGCAGUGGAUUUCAAGGUGAGGCCUCACUCACUGAUGCGCUGACGGCUGCAGGAAAGACCUACGAGGAGAUCGCCCUGAUGGUAGCAGAACAGCCCAAGAAAGACCUUCAUAAACUCAUGGAAACCAACAAUGAGUACAAAGGUCUGCUGGGAUGCUUCCCUGACACUAUAGGAGUUCACAAGGCUGCUAUUGAGAAGGUAAAAGAAGGAGAUAAACUAGUUGCCACUAGCAAAAUCAACCCAACGGAUAAAACCGCCAUGACGAAGCGUCUCAGCGUUAUGUCUUACGCUUUGCAAGCUGAGAUGAACCACUUCCAUAGCAACCGUAUCUAUGACUACAAUCUUGUGAUGCAGCAGUACUUGGAGGAACAAGUGAAAUUUUACGAGACGAUCGCUGAGAAACUGCGACAAGCUCACAGCCAGUUCACUACUAUGUGAGGAUGGAUUCAGCUGCCUCACGUCUCUGAUGUUUCUCUGCCGUUUUCUAUUCUGUUCAUGUUACUUGUUAUCAUGUCAGUGCCAUAAAUAGAUCCGUCAAUCUCAGGCCAAAGACAGUUUAGUAAAAGAGCUACUGUACGUACAACGUGAGCAGUGGCCGAAGCUCAAGUGUUUUUAAAAUAAGCAGCUACAGAUUUUCUAUUAAGAAUCAGAUGUUGGUAAUGGCUUAUUAUUCUUAAUAAUCUGGUGUUGAUUUAUAAACUCAUCAAUUCGUUUGGAUGUUUCUCAUUCUUAUCACUUUGUUAGGAUUUUUCUUAUUCUUUUCCAUUUGUGGGUUUCGAGUCUGUGCCGUGUUGUUUUUGUGUAGGUUAAAUACAAGCGAUGAGUUAUCUCUCGGCGAGACAUAACAGUAUAAAACCAUGAUUAGCUACUUUUAAGCAAGUGGCCUAAUUAUCCGAGCCUACAUUCACCGUGCCCUGUUUUCUAUGUCGUAUGCGAGAAAAAACGCUUUUUAUUCACUGCACUUUACUGCGCAUCAGUUUGUCAUGUUUGGUUGUAAUGGCCGAAACAACAUGAAGAUGGUUUUCAUUGAACGUUUUUGGAGAUGCAGGAGGGCUGGUCCUUUUUCUCAUUACUGACUACAUUUAACACUUAUUUCUCUCACGUCCCAAAGCCGAAUUACAAACAGCCAUUUUGCAAGAUUGUUAUAAAAUGUAUACAUUCACCUCAAUUAUCACAAUUUCUGUAAGAAUGAAUUUAUACUCUCGAUGCAUGUUCGUUGUUCAUUUAUAUUUUUUAUGUAUAGCAGUGUUUGCAAACCUUUUGCACACAUGAUGAUAAAAAUAUAUGAUUGUGAAUUAAUAAAUCUCGAUUUGUACUCAAA